AUGUCGUUUUUUGGAAUUGAUCUGAACGAUGUUGAGAACUUCAGAAGAAAACCUUGGCUCUACCUUGUUAUGGUGGUGCUCUAUUACAUUCCAGUCUGCUACUUUAUGGCUUUUUCGAACAUGUUGGCCCACGUUUUCCGUCACAUCUCUUCACCGUAUAACUCUAUCUACGAUUGUAAGUUUUUUUGUUAUUUUAUUGGUUUUUAGGUAUUAAUUUCUUGAUGUUGAAGUUUUUUGCUGAAAUAACUGGUGUUGAUACCUAAAGACUCCUUUUUUGCUAGUAUCUUUGCCAGUGUUACCUAAAGGUAGUUUUGGCUUGAAGUUUGAAGUUUUUUGGAUGAGUUGAUAAACUUUUUUGUUAUUUAAAGCUAUAAAGCAUUGAGACAACACCAAUAUCAAUUUAGGUCUGCUGUUGAUCAUGGGAACGAUGGUAGCUGGAUCGCAACAAGUCUUGGCUUUGUUUUUGGAUCCAUCAGCCAGAGGCUAUUCGAGGGCCAAUUCCUAUGGUUGUAUUUGGAUUGCAGUUGGACUAACCGUAGGACACGCAAUAGUUCGAAACGGAAUCAUGGAGCCAGAUGAUGACGAUGAUUACUAG